UAUCUUUUAUGAAAGAAGGAGAAGCCGCGGCCUUCCGGACCGAUUGGCUAGAGAACCGAGUCGACGCCCAACAGCUGGGGCUCGAUAUUACAAACACGUACGGAAGUUGGCCGUAUUUUGCGGACAAAAUGGAAGAAAGGUUCAAGGACAGUUUUGAAAAAGAAACUGCCAAGAACGAAAUACUGACCCUGAGACAGGGCAACGAAACCGCCCAAGCCUUCUUUGAAAGGUUUGAAGAGAAGAAAAGAUGGGCGGGAUACACAAAUAGAAUAAAUGAAGAGUUCCUAGUAUCUCUACUCAGAAGGAAUAUGAACAAACCGCUAGUGGAUAGGGUGAUCUACGGCGGGCACAUUCCAAGAGAUUACCAAGAGUGGAAAAGGGAACUCAUCAGAAUAGACUAUAUUUGGAGAGAGAGAG